AUGGUGAACACAAGAGCUAUACUUCCCUCUCAAGCUGGAGAGGCAGACAGUUCAGACUCGUCUAUCCCAGCCGAAGUAAGAACAAAACAGCGGAAGAGGAAAUCAGUGGAAAAAGGGGAAGGUGGUUGCGCUGAAAGAGCAGCAAAGAGAAAAACUGCAACAAAAAAUCCAUGCACAGAUGAGGAUGAAACUGUGGAGAAACAACAGAAGACAUGGAAUACAAGAAUGAGCCCGAAAAUCGUGGCGGAGUUUGUUCAAGAGCUUACUGCUGAACAGAAAAGGGCCGUGGAAGAGAUCGGAUUUGGAGGGAUAUUACACCUCCAACUAACAAAGAGUGAAGGCCCUCUAAUGAAGUACUUGAUUAGGCAGUUCGAUGUUUAUCGCUCUGCAAUCCAACUUGAAGGGGGUGAAUUGCUGCUUAUAGAAGAGGAUGAUGUUCAAAGAACAUUGGGGAUCCCACAAGGGAGCAACGUGGUUGAGGAGGCCACAAGAUUUGAGCAUCUGUCAGAAGAUGGUGAUAGUGCAGCAUAUGCCAACCUUGUGGCAUCAUGGAGGGAGCGAUGGGGGAUUGAUGGUAAAUCCCCAAUCACAACAUCAAUGCCCGGGCAGAUUCUGAAAAGAGGAGACCAUGGAGAUAUGUUUAAACGCGACUUUGUCUUAUUUAUAGUAUCAGCAAUGCUGUGUGGCCACCAAGAUAGGUGUUGCAACUUUAGGAUUCUAAAAUCCUUGAUAAACCUUGACCAGAUCAAGACCUACAAUUGGUGUGCCUAUACACACAAGUCCAUGGUCGACUCCAUUCAAUCUUUUCAGAAAAAUGACAAGCAAUUCUUCACUGGACCCGUUGCAUUCAUCCUACUUGUGUACUUUGACCGAGUACAGUUCAAGGGGAUGAGAGUGAAUAGAACAUACCCAACCAUUGUUGGGUGGAGUGCUGAACUUGCAAGAAAAAGGGUUAGAGAAGAAAACAAAGCAGGGUCAUUUGGAAGGGGGACAGUGCUCCCUAGAAUAUCAAAACCUACUGAUAUUGCUGCUGCCACCUCCAGGCAAAAUGAUCAACCUCCUGUUGCUGCAUUGAAUAUCCCAUCAUCAAGCGUAGAUAAGGUGGCCGGGAUCCUACAAAAGUUGGCUUCGACAGUAGGAGAGUUUGGUGAGGCUAUGGCUGAAAUUGGAAAGCAAGGAGCACCCGUAAAUGUUAUGAGGAAGACAUUUUCGGGCUUAUCAAACAUGCUAAAUGUUGCCAGCACCAUAGAAGCCACUGCAACCCCAACAUCCUCCCAGCUAGACGACAUCUUCUUUGGUAGUGAAAGCUUCACUACGGCUGUGGAUGCCCUUGUCGAGGCCUUUGAAAAGACAAGGAAGCAAAUAGACCCUAAUGCCCCUCCUUUUGACUUGGGGCUAUCUCAAGCAACACAGCCAUCGGACCAAAUAGAUGCUCCGACCUUUGAUUUGGGGCUGAGUCCAUCACCAGCAGCAGCACAGCAACAGGAGGGGGAUUUACAGCAACAGAAGGACAAGGAGCAGCAGCAAGACAAGGAGAAAGAGAAGGAGAAAGAGCAAGAGACAGAGGAUGAUGCGGGGGGACCGGGGAUUGAUGCCCUGGUGGAUAGAAUUGCAGGGGAAGCCACAAAAGAUGCAACAUUUUCAACCCCUGCUGUGACUAGAGUUCCUUUUCAAAGGGCUGAUUCCCCAGCUGAUGAAUUUGAUAGUGCAUUGGCCGAGAGUGAAUCGGACGUUGAGGAUGUCAUUACUAGAAAGAGGCCUCAACGAAAGUUCAAAAACAUCCCCCUCAACCUACGGUCUCCAUUCUGGAACGAGCAUGGGAUGAAAAUAAAAAAUGCCACUGUCCCAGAUAAACUCCUUUCGAACUAUGCAUUUGUACAAGUUUCUAGUGAACAUCCUAAAGAUGAGUUACUUUUCAACUUUGGUGACAUUGAGAUCACUAGGGAUCACUUCAUCUCGCUCAGUGUUGGCCAAGUUGAAAAUAUCUUCUUGGAUGUAUGGGCAUUGAGGCUCUCAAUGCUUGACAAAGAGCGUGCACCCGGGCAACCAAAGAGGGUGUUUUUCAGCACAAUUGCCUACUGGUAG